UUCAGAAUCAAGCAGAAGAAUUUUUCGUUUGAGUUCAGAAGCAAAGUGUUUUGAGUCAGCUUGAAAGAUUUGAUUCGGUGAGGUGCAAUUGAUUGUGAAACACGAAGAGCUGAUGGCGGAUGUUUCUGAAAAGAUGGAAGAGGAGAAAAAGGAAAUAAAGCCUGAAGAUUAUGAUCCAGAGUAUGUGUCGAAGUCGGAGGAGGUUCCUGCGCUAUGUGAGCGUACGGACGUGUAUGUGAAAUUAAAGGGUCUUCAAAAGAGAUUGGAAUUCCUACAAGUGCAGGAGGACUACAUUAAAGACGAGCAGAAGAAUUUGAAGCGCGAGUACCUGAGAGCUCAGGAAGAAGUCAAACGUAUUCAGAGUGUUCCACUAGUCAUUGGACAGUUUCUGGAGGCUGUUGACCAGCACUCUGGAAUAGUUGGUUCGACGACAGGCUCCAACUACUAUGUCAGGAUUCUCAGUACCAUCGAUCGUGAGUUGCUGAAAGCAUCAGCAUCAGUCGCCCUGCACAAGCAUAGCAAUGCAUUAGUGGAUGUGCUGCCACCGGAGGCAGAUAGCUCUAUAUCGCUGUUGUCAGCUGAUGAGAAGCCGGACGUGAAGUACGAGGACAUUGGUGGUAUGGACAUUCAGAAGCAAGAGAUGCGAGAGGCGGUUGAACUGCCGCUGACCCACUUUGACCUGUAUCAGCAGAUUGGUAUUGACCCACCGCGUGGUGUACUGAUGUAUGGACCGCCGGGUUGUGGCAAGACUAUGCUUGCCAAGGCUGUUGCCCAUCACACAACCGCGUCGUUCGUGCGCGUCGUUGGCUCCGAGUUCGUUCAGAAGUACCUGGGCGAGGGAGCAAGAAUGGUGCGUGAUGUCUUCCGUCUUGCCAAGGAGAACGCACCGUCCAUCAUCUUCAUUGAUGAAAUCGAUGCUAUUGCAACGAAAAGAUUCGAUGCCCAAACGGGAGCUGAUCGUGAAGUCCAGAGAAUCCUACUCGAGUUGCUCAACCAGAUGGAUGGCUUUGAUCGGAAUGAAAAUGUCAAGGUGAUCAUGGCGACGAAUCGUGCAGAUACGCUUGACCCAGCGUUACUGCGACCUGGUCGACUUGAUCGAAAGAUUGAGUUCCCGCUGCCCGAUCGCCGCCAGAAGCGUUUGAUCUUCCAGACGAUCACAAACAAGAUGAACCUGUCCGAAGAAGUAGACUUGGAAGAAUAUGUUGCAAGGCCAGACAAGAUCAGUGGCGCAGACAUCAACGCUAUUUGCCAAGAGGCUGGUAUGCAAGCAGUACGAGAGAAUCGCUACGUCAUUCUUCCCAAGGACUUUGACAAGGCGUAUAAGAAGGCGAUUCGCAAGGAAGACGUAGAGUUUGAUUUCUACAAGUAAUCUAUAUCAAGUCAGUUGACUUACCGGUUUUGUUUAUACUAGUAACAACUGUGUUACACAAUUGUCGUGUUGAACGUAUGUAGGUUUUUAUCAAGGUAACGCCGCCGCUGUAUUAUAGAGCAUUCUUUAUCUUUCCUUGUUUGAAUUUGCCGUUUGAAUUUGCCACGCACCGGAAUUGUUCCGCAUGGUGUAUGUACAGAGUGCAUGCUGUCUUUUAUUCUUCUCCUUCUUUUCUCUCUCUCUCCCUUGCUUUUGCUGUAUCUUCGCACUUCGAUCGUGAUGCGCGUUCAACCGAGAAUCUCGUUUUUCCCGUUGCUGGCGGCUCUUCUCCCACACUCUCCGCUCAGCUCAGGCCUAUGCAUGCAGCAAGUUUCUCAGCUGUAAGUAACCAUGGCAACGUGGUGUUUGACUGCCGCAGCCAGUACCCAUCCCACUGCCGCUCACCAUUCAUUCAACAGGCAUCUUUUUUUUUACUACCAUGUGACAUCAUAGAUUGUGAACCUCAA